GAAACUUCUCAAUGGACGAUCGUAGCGGAGAUUGGGAAUGAUUAUCGCAUUGGAUCCCGGUUGUUGUUGUUGUUGUUGUUGGUUGUUGUUGUUGAAAGCUAGGAACCGGUUUCAAUCCCUUCCAGAUGGUAACCUACGCCACCCAUUGGGAGGGUUGUCUAGACCAGUCUGUUUAAUCGUGCCAUUGAGGUCCACGGAUUAUCCGGAAUGGCCCUUCAAUUUUCUGUCGUGUCACCGUGUCGAAAAUAGAUACAGAUAUACCAUAAAUACUACUAUAUCUAGGACAGAAGUGUGUUGAUG